UCCCCCCAUUUGCAGGGCUUUCCCCUGCCCUGGCUGCCCCCUGGACAUGCCUGAGCACAAAGCUGCCUCAAGGCUGCGGCUCUCCGGGCUGUGCUUCCUCCUCCAAAUCCUCAACAUCCUCCUCUUCGCCACCUUUGUCCGGUACAGCCCAGAGAGCAGCUCCAGCCUCUGUUCCCCGCAGCUGAACUGCAGCCGGAGAAACCAGGACUCGGGUUUCCAGCACCCCCGUUUCCGGGAUGUCCACAUCCAAGUGCUCCUUGGCUUCGGGCUCCUGGUGGCCUUCCUCGGCCGCUAUGGGCCAGGCAGCGUGGCCAUCAGCAUCCUCAUCGUGUCCUUUGCCAUCCAGUGGGCCAUACUGAUCCAGGGGUUUUUGUACUUCUUCCUCAAUGGCAAAAUUUACGUGGGAGCUCGGAGCAUGGUCAGUGCCGACUUCUGCACCGCGGCCGUUCUGAUCUCCACCGGAGCUGUUCUGGGCAGGGUAAACCCUGUGCAGAUGCUGCUGCUGGCCCUGCUGGAAGUCACCCUCUGCACCCUCAAUGAAUACAUCCUGCUCAGCCUCAUGGGGGUAAGCGACAGCGGGCGCUCCUUGACCGUUCACACCUUUGGGGCUUACUUUGGCUUGAUGGUUUCACGGAUCUUGCACCAGCCCCAUAUGGACAAGAGGAAGAGGGAGGACCAGCAGAACACGGGGCACCAGGCGGACGUUUUUGCUGUGGUUGGAACCAUCUACCUGUGGAUCUUCUGGCCCAGCUUUACCUCAACCACCUCUGUUCAUGACAAUGCUGAGCCCUGGGCAGUGCUCAACACCUACUUCUCACUGGUGGCGAGUACCAUCGCCACCUUCAUGCUAUCUCCUGUCCUCUACGAGGAGAGCACCCCACGGAUGGUUCAGAUCCAGGAUGCCACCUUGGCUGGCGCUGCCGUGAUGGGUAUGGCUGGGGAGAUGUUGGUCACCCCCUUUGGGGCCCUCAUCACAGGGUUUCUGGCCGGCCUGAUCUGCCCACUUGGCUUCAGAUUCUUCACGCCUGUCCUGCAAUCCAGGCUGAAGAUCCAGGACACGUGUGGGGUUCACAAUGUCCAUGGGCUGCCGGGGAUACUGGGUGCCCUGCUGGGGGUGCUGCUGACACUGCUGGCCACCGCAGACGCUUACGGUGACAGGCUGGAGCUCGUGUUCCCGCUGGUGGCCCAGGGCAGCCGGACGGCCGCUGACCAGGCGGUCUUGCAGCUCUGUGCCCUGCCCCUCACCCUGCUGCUCGCCACGCUCGGGGGCUGCCUCACGGGAGCCGUCCUGAAAAUCAAGGCGCUGAGGUCUCCCCCGGACAAGGGAAACCUGGAGAACACCGUCCUCUUGGAGGUGGACAAGGAAGGAUGUGACCCCAGGACAAGUGGGAAGGAGCCAGGCAUCAGCACCUUGGUGUAA